CGUGUUCCUACUGCGACGGCGCCCCGAAAUCGGCAGAGCCGACAGCCGAGAGCACGAGCGACGGGGGCAGCAGCGUCAGCAGCGGGCGGCGGCCACCCCCGGGGCACACCGCAUGGGAGACGCCGCCGCCGCCGCCGCCGCCGCGGGGGCGUCGCGCGAGAGGGAGGCGGAGAUCGAGAAGGCCAUGCGCGCCCGGGUCCCCGACUUCAAGAAGCAGGCCGACUCCUUGACCCUUGAAGGCGUCAGAAGAGCACUGGAGAAGGACCUAGGUUUGGAGACAUAUUCACUUGAUGCACACAAAAAGUUCAUAAAGCAAUGUGUGGACAAGGUUUUUGCUGAAUCUGAUGAUGAAAACACAAAUGAUAAUGCAUCAGAGGAUGCUGAUGCGAAAGAUGACAAUUUAUCCAAAGAAGGGCCAGAUGAUGCUAAACCAACACCUGUUUCAAAAAAAACGUCUUCCAGUGCUGAUGAUCAAGUAGUAAGAUCCAGUGGGACAGGAAAAGAUCCUGAGGGAGAAAAGAAUAAAACUUCCAGCAGUGAUAUUAGUGAAGACAUGAUAAAAGAAGCCAUUGAGAAAAGGACUUCUUAUUUUAGAAAGAAUUCUGAAACUCUUACUCUGCAAGGAGUUCGCCGUACUUUGGAAGAAGAUCUCAAGCUUCAGAAGAAAGCUUUAGAUGCCUACAAGAACUUCAUUACUACAGAAUUAGACAAGAUUUUGCAAGAACCUGCAAAUGGGACAAAGAAAAAAAGUAAAAAGGGACCUCUCACGGAUACUGACCAAAAAACAAGUAAAGGUUCAAAAAGAACCCGCGAAGACUCAGAUAGCUCUGAAUUAAAUAAUAGCCAGAGUGAGAUGGAAGAUAGAGAUGAGGAUACAAGACCAAGAAAGAAAAGGGCAGAAAAGGGUAAAGUCAUAAAAAAGCAGAAAAAAGUUGCAAAUGGGAAGAAACUGUCAACCCUGAAGGCUAAAAAGGUUGCAAAACGAGAUUCAGAUAGAAAUGCUGAUGAAGAGGGUGGCAACUCAGCAGAAGAGGAUAAUUCUCAUUCAUCUGCUGAGGAAGAUAACAAGAGAAAACGACUACAGGCUCCAGCUUAUGGGAAACAUGUAGAGCAUCUGAAGUCGAUAAUCAAGUCUUGUGGAAUGACUAUUCCACCUACUGUGUAUCGGAAAGCCAAACAAGCUCCUGAGCACAAACGUGAGGCCUGUUUGAUAAAGGAGUUAGAAGAUAUGCUUGAAAAGGAAGGAUUGUCAAAAAAUCCUUCUGAAAAAGAAAUCAAAGCAGUGAAGAAAAGAAAAGAAAGAGCAAAGGAACUUGAGGGCAUAGACAUGAGUAAUAUUAUCACUAGUUCUCGUCGGAGAAGUACAUCAAGUUUCAUACCCCUGCCACCACCACCUAAAAUAGAAGCUGAUAGUGAUGAUGAUGAAGAUGAUGAUGCGCAAGACGAUGAUGAAGAAGAUGAGGAGAAUGUAGAGGGUGGAGACAAAGGCGAUAAUGAUGAUGCGGAAGCUGGCAAUGGUUCUGCUGAUGAUGCUGCAAGGGACAGCGAUUGAUUCCUGCUCUAGAUAAGGUGGAAUCACUUCUGACCAUAGGCACAUUGACUUCGGCGAGUCUGGGUUUCUUGGAUGCCUGGAUUUAGUCAGCUGUUCAGGAGCGCUGUCUUCUCAUGUUUUAUUCAUGUCUCUGUGAUUGGGGUGCUAGCUUCACCUUCAGCGAAACAUCAGGGAACAGAUUGUUCUUUUAGUUGUGUACAAUGUCAGAUUUUGCUAUCAUAGCAUCUUGUUCGUGGUCGUGUAGAUUGCAAGCGUCGCAGAACAUUUUAAGUUAGUGGUAAUUAAGUACUGUAUUGAUUUAUUAGUUCUAAUAUAUAAAUAAACUUUUGUACAUGCGGGAUUGAAA